AUGUCAAACGAAUUAAAUGAAUUUUGGAGUGAAAAAAUGAAACGUCUUUUUUAUCUCUAUGAUAUUGAUAAAGAUGGUCAAAUAACUCCAGCUGAUUUCGAAAUUCUUGCUGAUAAACUUUCAACACUUGUUGGUCAAGGUGAUGAUAAACGUCGUGAAGAAUAUGCAACUGCUCGAAAAGCUCUUUGUCAAGAAAUCAUGCGAGCUGAUGCCAAUCAAGAUGGAAAAGUAACAUUAGAAGAGUGGCUUGAUUUUCAUCGACAACUAGCAAUUGAAUUACGUAAACCAGGUGCUAAUCCUGAAUUAUUACCACAAUUGACACAAAGAAUCAACACAACAUUUAAUAUGUUAGAUCUUAAUCAUGAUGGUCAUAUAGCACGAGAUGAAUGGGUAAAAACAUGUCAAUUUUUUGGUGUUGACAAAGACCUAGCCGAUAACUCAUUUACACAAAUUGCAAAAGGUGACCAUCUUGAAGAAGCUACAGCUAAAAAAAUGUUUUUUGAUUAUAUCAAAACGGAUGAUCCAAACCAUAUAUCAAAUUGUUGUCUAUGUUUUCUUUAA